UGCUCUGCGGUUUUGUCUUUCCUUGUUUCCUCUGCAGCUCCCUGAUGAUUCUGUGAGCGCUGCUUAAUGAGCAAUAAUCCAUCGCCCCUGGACGCUGUUGUUGCAAGGGGAUGUCCAUUUGCAUGCAAAUGUGUGACACUGUGACAGCACCGCGCUUAUUAGAGUGAUGUGUCCUCCUGUCUUUCUGCUGGGAGCUUAGAGGACUGAAAAGACGCGGAGCAGCUGGAACAGCGGGUUGGACUGUUGCUCACACCAAGUUGCGCUUCGCUGAAAACCAAACCAAACCAAAUGGCAACUUCUGCCUCUCUGGAGACCAUGAUGUCCUGCGCUAGGACCGGCUCAUCCGCGGUUCCAAAGACCCUGGCCUUCUCCAUAGACCGGAUCAUGUCCAAGAGCUCGGAGCCGAAGAGGGGCGCGGACGACGCCAAGAAGCUGUUGGGUCUGUGCGCUCCGAUGCCCUGCAUGAUCCCGCUGCAGCCCUUCACCUACGACCUCCACGCCAAGGCGCUCAUGUGCUACUCGGAGUUGUGGAGAGCAAACUUCAGCGGGACGAUCUGCGGGUCCGCGCCCGCGCCCUGCAAAGACAACUGCGGUGCGUGCCGGAAAGCCGGCGCAAAGCCGCCGCUGGUGACGUCGAGCAGCAGGCUGGUGAAACCGCAGGUCGUCCAGCAGACGGUGGCCGUGCCGGGCGGAGGCUCGCUCUACUAUCUGAACUACCUGGACCCGACCUAUCAGCCGUCCGAGCUGCUGGCCGGACACUGUUUCUCCGCUCCGCAGGCCCCGGCCUCCGUGUCGGCGCACCACAGACUCCUUCUGCUGGAGAACAGCAAGGUGGCCGGCGUGGGGGCCGACAAGUUCCCCACGCCGCAGUACCCGCAUAAGGAACAUCUGCCGGGUCAGCUGGACCAGAUAGUGAAGGAGAACCACGUCCUGAGCGCCGACAAGAACUGCGUCAAAACGCACAGCAAAGUCAGCGGCACCGGCGGCGGCGCAGACGGAAAACCCAAAAACUUCACAUGUGAAGUGUGUGGAAAGGUUUUUAACGCGCACUAUAAUCUGACCCGGCACAUGCCCGUGCACACCGGCGCGCGACCCUUCGUGUGUAAAGUGUGCGGGAAAGGCUUCCGGCAGGCGAGCACGCUGUGCAGACACAAAAUCAUCCACACGCAGGAAAAACCUCAUAAAUGUAACCAGUGUGGAAAAGCCUUCAACAGGAGCUCCACGCUCAACACGCACGUCCGCAUCCACGCCGGAUACAAACCGUUCGUGUGCGAGUUCUGCGGGAAAGGCUUCCACCAGAAAGGAAACUACAAGAACCACAAGUUGACACACAGCGGCGAGAAGCAGUACAAGUGCUCCAUCUGCAACAAGGCCUUCCACCAGAUCUACAACCUGACCUUCCACAUGCACACGCACAACGACAAGAAGCCCUUCACCUGCACCACAUGUGGCAAAGGCUUCUGCCGCAACUUUGACCUGAAGAAACACAUCAGGAAGCUGCACGAGAGCGGCUUCGUCUCGGCCGCCGACGCCUCCAGGGAAACGAAGAGCUGAGCAGCACCGCCGUCCUUCCCCUCAGACUG